GCCGUGAUAAAGCGGGCUGGCAGUCGGCAGAACGCGUUCGACAGUGCGAGGCUCUAUUUUUUGCGCGAGCGGCGAGUUGCCUUGGCGCUAUCUUCGCCAUGUUGUUGUUGUUGCUGCUGUUGUUGUUCGCGCGGUCGUGUUGUUCGCUCUCGGCGGCAGCCGCGGACGUGCCGAAGCUGCCGGACACGUCCGGGAUCGACUUCGUGCUCACGGACAGGUUGCACGUGGACAAGUUCUUCUCGCUGUGGCUCGUCUUCAACAAUGACGAGAUGCAGACGUCAGACGAGCCGUUCACCAUCUUCGCGCCCGUCAACAGCAACGACACGUUCUCGCCCGCCUCCAGCCUGCUCACCCGCCCCGACCUGGUGAAGAAGCUGCUGCUGGACCACAUGGUGCUCGGCGUCAAGCUCAACCUCAACCUCAACACGGGCCUGUCCUUCACCACGCUGGGCGGCAGGACCGUCCACGUGCGCAGCGUCAACGGGACGCUGUACGCCAACAAGGUGAAGGUGCUGCAGCCGAGGGUGGAGGUGCCGCACGGGAUCCUCGUGGUGCUCGACGACUACCUGUUCCCGGAGGACCUGGCGGUGGCCGGGGCGAGCGCGCCGCCCGUCGGCGAGUCCUUGGUCAGGAUCACGGCGCCCGACGACGCCCGCCCCAAGAACUCCACCUCCUCGGCCUUCCUGCGCAGCGUGGGCCAGGUGCUGUCCUUCCUGAAGAGCGGCGUCAAGGUGUUCCGGCAGUUCCUGUCGCGGUCCAACGUCUCGCGCCUGCUGAGGGACGAUGAAGAGUACACAGUUUUCGUGCCGACGGACCAUGCCUUCCAGCGAUGGCACCCCAUCGACUGGGGAUUCUACCCAUUCUCCGUGCCCGAGUUCACCGAGUCCAUCAUAGUGAACCACUUUGUGAAAGGCAACCUUAGGCAGGACGGCAUCCAGGAGGGACAGCGCGCAACGACUCUUGGCGGGUGGGAGGUGGUUUUCGCCAAGAAGAAAGACAACAGCUCGCUGCUGACGGUGAACGGGGUCCAAGUGGUGAAGGGGGACACGCCGGUCGCCGGCGGCAACAUGAUGUUCCUCGGCGAGGUGAUGUUCGUGGACGACGACGUGGUGUCGCGCCUGUACGCCGACAACCGCGACAAGGAGACGGCGCCCCUGAUCGCCUUCCCCUGGAUGCGGUCCCAGUUCCUGUCGCACGCGUUCCUCGCGCUCGAGAAGCAGCCGGUGGGCUUCGCCCACGUCACCCGGUUCCUCAACAUGGCCGACAUCGCUCCCUUCAUCACGGGGAAAGGCUACACUUUCUUCGUGCCCACCGACCAGGCGUUCGAAGAUGCGGGAUUGGGCGGAGCUGCAGACAACCUUUUCUCCAAAGGUGCUGCUAUGCAAGUCCUGCUGAACCACUUUGUCAAGGGACGCCUCUACAACAGGGAUCUGACGGAAGGGCGGCAGCUGCACGCUUUGGGAGACGCAGUCAUCACCGUUGGCCGUGAAGAUGGGAGGGUGACGGUGAACGGCGCCAACAUAGUGGAGCGCGAGGUGUUCGUCUACAACCUGGGGACGAUGUACUACAUCGACAAGGUGCUGUUCUCCGAGGGCCUCGCCCCCGUCGCCGCGACGACGGCGCCCGACCCGCCCGCUGCCACGGGGGCUCCCGCCGGGACGACCGACGCCGCGGGCGAGGCGGAGGGAAUCCCCAGCGAGCUGGAGGAGGGCACCGGGACGCUGCCCGACCUCCUGGAGGAGGCGGACAACGCGACCGCGACCUCGUACGAGGUCAACGAGUUCCAGGACGAGCCGUACGACUACGAGGACCAGGGCGAGACGCUCCGGGCCGUCCCGCCCUCCGCGACGGAGGUCGCGAACGUCACCGACGUCACCGACGGCAGCCUCGCAACCGACGGCACUCCGAUCCGAUGAGCAGUUCCAGUCCGUCGGCUUCUGCAUGUCAUAGUUCACGGAGCUUCCACCGCGCACAUCGUGAGGUAGCACCGACGUAGCAUGUUGAGACCUUAAUAGUAAUCUUGUCCAUGGUGAAGGUCCAGAUGCUGAAGAAAAAUUAAAACUGAGGAGACUACAUACUUGUUUCGAAUAAUCAAUUACAACAUCGGAAGUCAAUUGUGUUAAAAAAUUGAUGCGAACAAAAAUCAAGGUGAAGAACAACAAUAUCUUUGUGAAUUUGUGCAAAGUUCUUUUUUAUAUAUUAUGUGAAUUUGUACUUUUUGUGGAGUGCAGCAAAUUUUUUCUAAGGUGUUACUGUCAUUGCUCAGUUGAAAAAAAAGAGGACCAAAUGUGUGAUAGUUGCUAAGAAAAUUAGUGUCUGUGGGUAGAUGCGGACACAAUGUCUUUUUUUUUAUAUAGAAAUGGAAAUUAUUGUUGCACAUUUGUAUGUAACUGAAGCUAAUGAGACUUUGAAUAAUCUAAGGAAAAAUCCAAGAGUUUUGUAGCUCAUUCAUUCAAACGCUGAAAUGUGGGAAUUUUGCUAAGAAUAUAUAUUAGACAAACUGCUUCACACUGCUAUUAUGUUUCAACAGUGACAUAUAACUACACAUUUUUUGUUCUUGUGUUAUCAAAGUGCACUAGCUAAAUAAAUUUGAGGAAACUUUUUUUUAUGGUUUGUAAAAUACUUAAGGCAGGUCACAAUUUUUACACUACAUUAGGAAAGAUGAUACACCUACAUAAUAAAUGUGGUGGAAGUACAUAGCAUUUAAAGUUGGAUCAAUCUCCGUGGUUUUAAACUUAACAAUUUUUUAGCUACUUUUUUAUUUCCAAAUAUAAAGCAAAAUUGUUGGCUAAAAAAAUGCAAAGAAUUAUUUCUUAGCCCUCCUAAGUGAACCUAAUUUGGACUGUUUUUAAUAUGUAUUAAUUCACAUCAGCAAUGUUUUAUUUGAAAGGAUGGCAGUAAUAUAUAAUUCGAGCAAUAGUGAUCUCAUAAAAUGUAAUUUAAAAUAUGCAGAGAAAGCUGUUUCAUAAACUGUAGAAAUAUUACAUGUAUUCAUUGCUGUAUUCAUUCAGUACUUAUUAAAAUUGUGAAAUUGAUUUUUAUAUGUAUUUGAAAUAUUUAUGCAGGGUAAAAUUAGAACGGACACAGUAAAAUAAUUUUUAUGUAAUGAAUUUUCUUUGAAGUUCAUGAAGUGCAAAACAGUAAUUUAAAAAUAACUUUUCAUCCCGUUUUAGAUCAUAUUUUUACAUUUACAAUAGAAACUGUUUGGCAUGUAAACAUUCUGAGAGGUUUAACGUUAACAAAAUGGAAGAAAAAAAUGUACAUACAUAGAUACUGUAUCCUUUGUGUUUGCCCACGUGGUAUAGUGGCUAGUGCGUGUGGCAGGUGGGCCAAGGGGCCCGGGUUCGAUGCCUGGCCGGGGAGGAGAUUUUUUCAGUCUUCUCCCUGGGUUCAGGACUGGGUGUUUGUGAUGUCCCUUUCAUCCCGUGAAAAGCUAUGGCAAACCAUUGCGUGAUCAUCGUGCCUUGGCAAGCACAGGGACAUCACUGCUGUCAUCACCAAGGCGUUGCCUGUGCUCACGACACCUGGUGACGGGUAAAACGACUAAUCAUCAUCGUACCUAUUGCAUACAUAUUUUUAAUGUAUUUAAACGGCAAAUACUAAAUUUUUAAUGUUUUUGAAGCAAACAAAUAAAUAGCAUUAAAUAUAUAUUAGGUAUGUUAAUAAAUCUGUUUAGAUUUUAAAGUAAUGCUACUGGCCUCUUCAAUAUGUGUUUUGAAAGUCUUUUAAGACGGUUAUUUCAAUUUCCUUGCCUGUCCAAAUCUUCACAAAUAAAAAUAAUUUAUUAAUUAAAGUUUUACUGUACUUGCAUUGUGGUUUGAUAUGUGUAUGCUUUCUUUGAGUGGACUCGAUAAUUUUGUAUUGGUAUAGCUGUGACAAAGAUAAAAAUACAGUACCUAGUUGUUUUGUACUUAUAGUUCUAACAAUAGCAUAAGGCUAAUGCUUACCGGUGCCAAAAACUUCAUCAAUUUGGUUUUGAUUACACUAAAAUUAAUAUCUGUUAAGCAAAUUGAAAUGUAAAGAUUGUUUGAAUCAGUAUUAAAAAAAAAUGUUUGUGCAAA